UGCGGCCUGGUCGAGGUCAUGCGCAGUAUUGCACAUGUGUCUACUGUUCGACAUGACAACAAAAUACGGGAACUGGCUGAAUGUCAGUCUCUAAACGCUAAGGAUUUAUUCUCAAUUCAAACUGUUUUUUAGUACGAUGGUAAGCUGGCUGGCACUGCAUGCCUGUCUUGUACAGUUUUCGUUGAUUAUUUCACCAUUGUUUGCCCAAGAUGCUGGAGUAUUUCGAAUCAAUAAGUUGAACAUGAUUUGGAAGAAAGCUCAGAACACCGUCAUGUCUGAUAACAAACUACAAAACCUAAAACGAGAAUUAUUACAGCACGAUGAAAAGGAAUUAAAAUGGAAAGAGCUCAAGCUUCAUGGAGGAGAUAUCGAUGGUAAAAUGGAGAUGAAAUUACGGAAUAAUUUGAUACGAAUUCUCGAGAAACAUGGGUUGAGUAGAAUUGCUGAUGCUGUCUUGGAAGGGCACGGUACUGGAUACGCUACCGAUACCAAUGUCGUGAGAGAUAUGAACUCUUUUGGAGAUAGAAGACUUGAACAGCUCUGGAGUCUCGCCAGCGAUCAAGGAAAGUUCACAAAAGCAGAACUACAUGAUUUGCAGACCGAGUUUAAGCAUCACAAAAACAAAAUGGGAGAAUAUGACAAACUCCUAAAUGAGCUUCAAAAACAGCACGAUAUCUCUGAUAAUUCAGUCUUAAUUCAUGAUCGGAUGAAAGAACAUGAAAUAGAACAGCUAAAAAAGAAGCUGAAAGAUAAACAUGAUGAUUUGACUGAGAAUUACAUCAAGCUGAAAGUAAAAGUCACAGGGGAACAACAAGUGAGGGAAUUUUCAGAUCACAGAGUCAUGGAAUUGUGGGAGAAAGCUAAGAAGAAAGGCUUUACUGAACAAGAACUCCAUUCUAUUAAGGAAGAGUUGAAGCAUUUUGAUCAUAAGAUCAGCAAACAUGAACACUACAAGAAGCAAGUGCUGGAGUCAGAGGCCAGGCUGGCAGAGGGAGAAGAGUUGAGCCAUGAUCACGAGGAGCUGAAGCAGAAGGAGAAACAGCAUGGGCGAUAUGUGAAAAAGCUCCACUCUACGCUCUUGGACAGGGUGACACAUUCUGAACUGUAACGAGUCUUGGAAACACCUCAAUUCACCCUAGAGUGAUGCUAGUCUAUUACCAUAUUACCAAAACAAAACUAGAGUGAAGUAUGAUCUGCAGGAUCUGGAAAGUAGCCAGGGUCUCAGUACAUUAUCUGGAAAUUGCCAGACAAGGUAACUAGGGGUGCAUUGAAUUAUCUUAUUACACUUAAUUUUCGCGUCACUUUAAUUUUACAAAUUUCACGAUUUUAAAAGAUUUGCAAAAAAAUUAAGUGUCACUGAACUGCUGAAAUUAGGAUGCGCGAAAAUUAAGUGAGUACAUAAGAAACCUUUGGGGAAUAUUGGCUGUUUAAUAAGUUUUAUGGAAACACCUUGUCUAUUUAGUCAUCUAAGGUGCAUAUAGUACGGUAAGGGGUUGAGUUGGACUUGUAUUUACAGAUUUUAUGAAACUAAAUUUUGCCCAUGCAUCUUUUUGUUACAAAUUGUUUCAGUUUUGAUGAUUACAGCACAUUUUAAUUCCACCUGUUUUGCUUUAUUUUAUUAUCCCAAAAUCUCGAAAUCAUGAAAAUAAAGUGAUUUGGUUUUUACAAAAAUAGGAAAAUCGUGAAAAUAAAGUGUUGCGAAAUAUCACCAUCACCAUAUUGGCUUAGGUCUAUGCCUUCUUCAAAAUGGAAUUGUAGGAAAAGUUGAAGGGAGCUAAAAUCUACAAAUUCACAUCCCAAAGAUACUGAGGAUGUGAUAAAAGUUUCUGAAGAGAGAUUAAUGGGGUGUAAGAGUAAGGGAAAAAGAAAUAUUGUUUUUGUGACUUGAGCUACAGUGCCAGACAAAUUAAUCACAAAAGACUGAUAACCAAUAGUUGUUGGAAAAUGUAUUAUUAUUUACCAGUCCAUAUGCAUGCACAUGAGCUUGCUCGAAGUCGAUUUUUCAUCUUCAUUUCCAACGCAAAAAAGGAUAGCGUUAGCUAUUCAAUAUAUACAUUUUCAUCAUGGAAACUUUUGCGGUAUUUUUUAUUGUAUUUUGUUGGUGAACUUUUAAACUUUGCUUUUAGGUGGCUAUUUCGGAAUUUCAACAAAUACUUUGUCUCAUAAUUUAAAUGGUAUUAAUUGGUUGUUUACCGGUCUUUGUUUUACAGUUUGAUUAAAGCAGCUAUGGUGGAAAAAAAUUAAUUGCUACGCAAACUAUCUGAACUAUUUUUCUAAUUAUUAUUUAAUAAAAGAAUUGGAAGAAGCUUUAUUA